AUGCAGCUCGGUUUUUCUCUUAUCACCAUUGCAGUGCAGGUUGCCGUCCUCGGUCUUAUGGUGGUCAGCAUGCCGCUGACGAAGAUCUUUCUGCGUGACGGCGAUAGAGGUCUUGAAUACUGCUUUACUUUGUGGGCUUCCGGUAAGUGUGGAGAGUCUGGCUCCUCAAUAAGCCGGUUUCCGUGUAAUAUAGAGAGAAGAUUGUUCCAGGUUGCGGCAGCAUUUUCAAUCAUAUCAAGUGUUCUCUCUGUCGCUGUUCUUCUCCUCUUCAUCAUGAGUGUAAGGUAUGGUUGGGCGAAUUGGGCGUCACGGAUAGCUGCGAUCCUCUGUGUCAUUAGUGUUCUUCUUGUAUGGUUUACUGUUCUUGUUGUGUACAACCGGAAGAGUUGUAAGUUUGAGUUUGAGUCCUCUGGGAAUGCAGUGGUUGUUGACCUUACCAAUCGCGAUUUGUUGUGGUUGGGCUUGGGGUAUUCGCUGACGUUUGUUGCUCUUGUAUUGGAGAUUGUCGUUGUCGUACUUUCCUUCGUAUUCUGA